GCAACUUUCAUAGAAAACGGUAGUCUCGCCGAUAUUCCUCGUCCGUCAACUUCUAAUGUGGAUACACACUGGCCUCUCGCUAAACAUCUUUGGGAAGAAGUAGAAGAAAAUUCCAAGUCAUCGGUACGUCGCGUUCCGUUUUUUUUGUUUUUCUUUCGAAACAAAACGUUCGAAUGGCUACGUGUGUUCGGUCGAUUUGAUUACAAAUUCCGAAAAUUUUUCUAACAGCUGAAAAAAAGACGUUAGUGCUAUAAUAAAUCAAGUCUAAAUAAAGGAAACAGACAAUAACCUAAAAAUAUACAAAAAAUAAACGAGGGCAAAUAACCAACUCUGUGAAUACGAAAAAUUAUUUAUCUAGAAAAAGUGGAAGUGAGAAAAAAACGAAAAUGUACAAAAGAAAGGCUUUAAUGGAAAUUAAUUAACAAUUAAGGGAAAUAAACUAAAAAAAAACGAGUGAGAAAAAGAGAAAAAAAUACGCAACAGAAUAUGUGUAUGUGUGAUACAUAUAUAAAAAGGGAAUAUUCCAAACUAGUGAAUACAUAAGGCGCAACAACAACAAAACUAAUUACGUCAACCAAACUCUGCACAAAAUGUAAUAAGUUUUAAAUGUACUACAAAAAAACAUAAAUUAAAAAGAAACAAAUUCAUAAAAAAUAUCAAACAACCCCACCCACAACAAAAAAAGGUUUGGAAACAAAAACUCAUUACAACAGAUGUUUUUUGGUGUUGUAGUUGUAAUGGAAAUUCAAGUACCUGUCAGGCAUUAAUUCUAAGUUGUGAAAACUGAAAUUCAAAAUUCCCAAAAAAAUAAAUUAAAAAUCGAAACCAAACGCCCCCAACACUUAAAACGACAACAAAACGACCAAUAAAUUCAACAAAAAGUAACAAAACAGCAGCUUUUGCCCGGCUAAUGAAAAAAUAGAAGUGAUUUUUUUUUGCCUCCUAACAUAAGUCUGGGAACAAAGCCACACAGAACACAAUUGAAUUUGAAUUUCAAAUCGAAUUGGAAACCUGCAAAGUCACAACCAGUUGCAACACCAAACAAAACAGUUUUCGAAGAAAUAUCAUCAACAACGACAGCAAAAUAUAUUCUAAAUUUGCAACGAAGCAUAUCCCAAAAAUUUUAAUCAAAAAGAAAAAAACAACAAAACAGUUUUUAGUAAAAUUUUUUUUAUUGCAAUUUACAUUCCAUUUGUUUGUUUGCAAAAAUCAACAAAAAAAAAAAAAAAAACAACCACAUUCUUCAGUGAAAGUAUUUUAUUUUAUUUUUAAACUGUGAUCCGGUUUCGAAAUCCCCUCGAAACCUUCAUUUACUACAUCGGAAACCAUUCAAAACUACUCCUUGUACCUUGCUGUACGUCCGUAGGCGUGCAUCCAUCCAAAACAUUUUUUCAUCUGCCUGUGUUUCGCUGAAGUGGUAAAAAUUGCUCCCAUCACCAUUAACCACAUCACCGAAAAUAUCCCCUUCAAAAUGCGAGUUAAAGUAGGCAAACGGUUAUGGCUGCGCAAAAGACGCUCGAAAAGGGCGGACAGUUAUCCGAAACCAAGCGAAGUUACAGAAGGUGCCUUACAAGUGUGGCGUGCCUUGCCGGAACGCAUCAGACAGGAUCCAAGUUUAGCAUCCUUUCGUCAGGAACAUGAACGUUUACAUGGCUAUGAACCCGCCGAUGUUGAUCCAUUGCCCAACGAUGAUGCCGACGAUCAUGACCACAACAAUGGCAAAAUCGGCGACGGUAGUGGUGUGCAUUUUGUCCGCAGCGGCGGCCAGAAUAAAAAUUCAAAUGUAUUUUCACAAAUCGGCAUUAAUGUCACAAAUGAGAUGGGACAAGUUCGCAUUUUGGAUGGACGUGAUGUGGAAAACAACAACGAAGAUCAACAGGACGAGACGGAGCAUCAUGGACAUUCAAAGAUUAAAAAGUAUUUGAUUUGGUUCAAAAUCGCUGUGCUGCUGGUGGUAUGGGGUGUAUUCACCGCAUUCCUAAUGUCCACCAAUGAGCAUGUGGACGAGCUGAAACUGAUAAGUGUACCGAAAAAUGGUACCGAAAGAGUAUUCCCCAUUACAACCGCCGAACUUAGCCGAAUAGGCCUUAGCCUAACGGGAGCUUUUCGUCUGCAGGAAGCCGAAACCGUACAAGAUCCCCACAAGCGAGCACCACCUUUGCUAGAAAUUUAUGUGGAGCGUGCCUAUUACAAUGAAUCGGGUGAGAGGGCUUUCGAUGAAAUUGUUUCGACCAUCUGGAAACUUGACCUGGUCUAUCCGGAGUUCCUGGAUACCACACGUGAAACACACAAAGCCCAUCAAUUCCAGUUGAAACCGCUCGAAGGUGAUUAUGCCAACAAUACGAAUCUGACGGAACUGUCGUUGCACUUCGUGUCGAACAUCGAUGCCGAGCUGCCGCUACAGUUGAGCAUUGACGAAUCACCGAUUUACAAAAAGGAGGGAGUCAUCUAUGCCGCGGUUGUUCUCUGUGGUCUCUAUGUCAUGAUCAUCUGGGAAAUUGUAAAUCGCACCUUUGCUGCCAUCAUAGCUUCCACCUUGUCGGUGGGUAUUUUGGCAGCCCUGAACUCACGCCCCUCUAUGGUCACCAUUAUGGGUUGGAUAGAUGUGGAAACGUUGCUUUUGCUCUUUGGCAUGAUGAUUCUGGUGGCCAUUCUUUCGGAGACGGGUGUGUUUGACUAUUUGGCGGUGUAUGCUUACAAGAUAACCAAUGGUCAUGUCUGGCCUCUGAUCAACUGUCUGUGCCUGUUCACCGCCAUAUUAUCUUCUUUCUUGGACAAUGUGACCACGGUACUGCUGAUGACUCCCGUUACCAUACGUCUGUGUGAGGUUAUGUCCCUCAACCCUGUUCCCAUACUAAUGUGUAUGGUUAUCUACUCGAAUAUUGGUGGUGCCUUGACUCCAGUGGGUGAUCCACCAAAUGUUAUCAUUGCCUCCAAUAGUUUCAUAUCGAAAAAUGGCGUCAACUUUGCCAUCUUCACCCUACACAUGCUGCCUGGCGUAGCCUUGGUCAUGUUCACAUCCUAUUUGCAACUGCGCUACAAGUUCCGCAACAUCAGUGAUUUGCAAUUCAAAGAAUCACCCGAAGUAGAAGAGCUGCGACAUGAGAUACAUGUAUGGAAGAGAGCGGCUGCCAGUUUGUCUUCAUACUCCAAAGAUGAGGAGCUGGUGCGUCAGACUCUCAUGAAGAAGGUGAAUCGCUUGAAGCGUUCACUGAAAAAGAAAAUGGCCACAGCUGUUGAACCCGCCAUUAACUAUCAACAAACUUUGGAGAAUUUGCAAGCAAAGUAUCCCAUACGCAACAAACCUUUGCUCAUCAAAUGCUCUUGUGCCUUGGUCUUUGUGAUAAGUCUCUUCUUCUUACAUUCGGUUCCUGAGUUGCAACGUCUCUCCCUGGGAUGGACCGCCUUGUUGGGUGCCAUAUUCCUAAUUAUUUUGGCCGACAUUGAGGAUAUGGAAGCGAUAUUGGCCCGUGUUGAGUGGUCAACGCUUUUAUUCUUCGCCGCUCUCUUUAUUCUCAUGGAGGCCCUUUCCGAGCUGGGCCUUAUCGAGUGGAUUGGUAAUAUGACAGAAAAUAUUAUUUUGGGUGUGGGCGAGGAGUCGCGUUUAAUGGUGGCUGUGUUAAUUAUUUUAUGGGUUUCUGCCAUAGCCUCGGCCUUUGUAGACAAUAUACCAUUGACCACAAUGAUGGUCAAAAUUACCAUAUCAUUAGCUCAAAAUAAUACAUUAAAUUUGCCACUACAGCCGUUGGUAUGGGCUCUGGCGUUUGGAGCAUGUCUGGGAGGCAAUGGUACUCUCAUUGGUGCUUCGGCGAACGUUGUUUGUGCCGGUGUUGCUGAGCAACACGGUUACAAGUUUACAUUCUUGCAGUUUUUCAAAGUUGGUUUUCCCGUUAUGAUUGGCAGCAUUAUCAUAUCAACAGGAUAUCUGUUAGUCAGCCAUGUACUUUUCGCAUGGCAUUGAUGAAUGGCCCAAAACGGAGAAGAGUAUUUCUUCGGAAAACACAACCAUCAAUAAAAUAAAUAAUAAAUAACUGUAGUUGCAAAUUUACCUCGUAUAAAUGUUAAACAUUUUUUUAACAAAAAAAAAAUAAUUUAAACAAAAUUAUGAUAAUUAAGUGCAAAUCACCCAACCCCUCCUAUUACUCCUCCUCCCCCUUUUAAAUUAUAAAUAGUUAAAGAAACACACCACAGAGUUACUAACAACGAGCUUCGAAUAGAGCUUUGAUGGCUGCCACGACGCAAUGGUUGGGAAUGGUAAUGAACAGGACUAAGGACUAAGUCAUAAAAAUGGGUUUCAACAAAAAAAAAUGCAAAAUAUAAACGAAAUACGAAUGUCCAUUAACCCCUUCCCAAACACACAAAAAAAUAAGAAAAA